AUGCUCGGCCUUCGUGCUGCUCGCUCGCUGCGCUCUGCGCUCCCAAAGACGAAAAAUGCAGUAGCUCUUCGUCCUGCAACUCGUGCGAUUGCUUCUUCUUCUCGCCUCCGCUCAGAGAAACCGCCCGCCAUCUACGGCGAGGGCGCAAAGCCUGGAGAAGUUCCAACCGACUUUCAACAAGCGACUGGUCUUGAGCGUCUUCAACUUCUUGGCCAAAUGGAGGGCGUCGACGUCUUCAAUACCGGCCCGCUUAUCAUGUCGAAAGCUGGAACUUUGGAGGACCCAACCUUGGUGCCAUCUUAUUCCGAGGAGCGCAUUGUAGGUUGCAACGGUUGGCCUAGCGAAACCCACGACAUGGUUUGGCUCACUGCUAGCAACCAUAGAGAAAACUCUCGGUGCCCAGAGUGUGGAAAUGUGUUCAAGCUGCAAUUCCUUGGAGAGGCAGGAGGACAUCAUCACCACUAG